UUCCAAUUUCAUUCGGCACAUCUCUGGAUAUGGGAAACAGCCGAGAGUUACUGAAUGUUUCCAGUUUCAGCAGCGGGAGACAGCAAGCAUGGUCAUGAAGUUAUCAAUAGUCUUUUUGAUAUAAAAUCGAUAUUCAAUCAUGUCUUCAUUUAAAUAACACGACUAUGAUGAAGGAGAGAAGAAAUUAUACGUAAAUUCAGCAUGUUCAGUGGAAAUGUAAUUGUGAAAUUGGCUUAAAAUGAAUGAAUUAGUAAGGACAGUAUCUGUAAAGAAGACUCUCUAUGAGCUUGCUGCAGCAAAAGUUGGACAGCAUGUAUGCUGUAGUACUCUGCAGAAAACAAAUCCACCACUGGAUGAAAAGACACUAAGAGUGGUAGCAUAUAAUGCAUUUCCAAGAGAUGAAGAACAUGUAAGAGUUAUAAGUGAACUGUCUGACAACAGACCAGAGUAUUGGAAUGGUGGUAAACAUCUCUUUAAGGACGGAUAUGUUAAAAGAAUCAAACAAAUUGGGUUUUUGUUGGCUGCAGUUGUUGAGGAUAAUUGCCAUGGGAAAUCUGCAAGUGUGACUGUUGCCUUUGAAAAACAAAGAAUAACUUCUACACAUUGUUCACUUUGUAAUUAUCUGUGGUGUACACAUAUUGUUGCUGCUAUAGUAUAUAGAAUUAGAAAACCUUCAAAGGUUUUACAUCACAGUCCUUUGACGGAUGCAUUAUUACCUCUUACAAAGGAACAGCUACAACAGCUAUUACAGUUUACUAUCACCAGAAAUCCUGGACAAUUACUGUGCCAUGUUUUUGAAGAUCUGGAUAAGGUUAGAAAUAGAAGUGAAUCAAUUAACCUAACCCAAGGUUAUCCAGAUCCAACGUUUGGUUUACACUCUGACGAAGAGUCGACAGAUCAGCUAUCAAUAAAAAGGAUAGGAAGAUUACCCUUCUUUCAGGACAGAGAUUUACCUUCAAAUGGAAACAAGACAUGCUGCAGUCUAACAGAUCAGGAUGCAUUUAUGUCCUCACGAUAUCUUUCUAGAAAAGAAAAAUGCAUGAAAACUGCCAUUGAAUUGUUACGUAAGGGGGACAUUAAUUUGUCAGGAGAAGUAUUCAUUCAGUUGGCUCAUUACUUUUUUAGAGUACAAGACCAACUUAAUACAUCAGAAAGGAUAUUUAUGUUGAAUAUUGAAAGAUGGUUUAGUUUAUUUAUUGCAUCUUGUAAAGGACCAAUCAGAGAGAAGAUGCUAUCUGUAGCUUUGAAAUAUAAUAGAAAUUUUGUUGAGAAAAAUUAUACACCACAUGAAGGAGAAAUGACCAUGAGAUCUAUUAAACUAAAGAAAGAUAGAACAGACUACAAUGACAAUGUUAUAAAUAAUGUGAUGGGAGAAAAUAGAUUUGGUCCAUUUUAUGAGGCAAUUUUAGCCCAUUUUCAGAAUAGCAUUCCUGAAGCAUUGCAACUUCUGUAUGAUAAAUUCACAGACAACAGCCUGCAUCUAUUUGAAACACAUAUGAAGAACCUUUGGACAUAA